AUGACCGAUCGAACGGGAUUGGUGUCACAUUACAUAGCUUACAAUCUCCUUUAUCAUAAUGAAGAGGAGUUGGAGGCAGUCGACAUGUCUCUUCGACAAGGAGAUACCCAAGGCGCGCCGUACCAAAGUGUUCGGUACUAUCGGGUUGCGAGGAUGAACAAGCUAUUGCAAUCUAUUUCUGACAAGUUGAAACAUUUGGAAUCAAUUGCAACACCAGAUGCAGUAAACUAUGUUGAAGCAUGCCUCAAAGUACAGAAUAAACAGUUGCUGCACAGAAUAAAGUCGUUAAAAGAAUCAGUUAUUCAGCAGGAGCUACUUCUUGGAUUAAAUCAACAACAACUUCAUCAUUUACCCUCUGUUAAGGCUGUAUCCAAUGGUUCUAAUUUGAAUGGAAAUUCACUGGAAAUCGGACAUUUGUCCGAUAAAGGAUUAGUGCCGGAAGCAGAGCAACCCAAACAGAGGACAGAGGUACAAACGGACUCGGUGAAAACUAAAAAUCGGAAUACCGAACGUAAAAUACCAGAUGGAAAACCACAAUCUGCUGAAAAGCCUGUUGAUAUUGGUCGUCUGGAUCUGCGUGUCGGUCGAAUUAUAGAUGUAAAUCGCCAUCCUGAUGCUGACUCUUUAUACGUAGAGAAAGUUGACUUGGGUGGAAAUGAAAUACGCACUGUUGUCAGUGGGUUGGUGAAAUAUCUACCUAUCGAGUCACUACAAAACCGAGUCGGGAUAUUUCUCUGCAAUCUCAAGCCAGCAAAAAUGCGUGGUGUUGAAUCGGAAGCAAUGCUAAUGUGUGCAAGCUCUCCAGAUACAUGUGGAGUAGAGCCUCUGAUUGUUGAGGGCCCAGAUAUACAGUUAGGUGAUUCAGUUGUGGUUCCUGGAUAUAAUCACGAUCCUGAUGACCAACUUAAUCCCAAAAAGAAAAUUUUUGAACAAGUGAAACCAGAUCUUAGAGUAAAUGAAAACGGGAUCGCUAUGUAUAAAAAUGUUUCAUGGACACUAAAAGGGUCUUCUCUUGCUGUGAUUAAAUCACUCAGGGUCAAAGACACUCAAAUAGCUUAG